AUGUGGGCAGAGAGUCCGGCUGAACGCUCGAAAGCGUGCGAGCACACAGCGCAACUCCAACUGAGGGAAUUAUCUUCCCGAUCUACAGGGACAGUAAUUUGGUCACUGCCAGUCGAGUCGGGGGAAUGUCGAGGCGUGAGCACUGGACAGAAAUCACAUCGUGUCUGUACGGGUCGACCGGCCACACGAUGCUUUGUUUUAAAUAGUCGGAUUCCCCCGGUCCAUAUCAGUUCCGAGUCGACCGUUCGCUGCCGGACGAACGCCCACGCGCCGAGAGAGAAGCUGAGCAACGGGUGGGACGGGCGCGCGUGCGAGCCGCCUGCGCAAACGCAGGUUGAGGCCUACACGCGACGCUUACCCGAAGAGGGGCUGGAAGCCGUGGCGCUCCAGGAAGACCCGGGCGAGGAGCCGUUUUGCUCGCCGGCCGACGCGCCGGUAGCGACGGGGUGGCGCCGCGAGCGGAGACCCGUAGCGCAUGCGACACGCGAGGCGCGAAACAGGAAAGGGGACAGAGAAGGGAGCGGAAGACAGCAAGCAACAACGCGAUAUGAGCCACCGCCCAGAUGCACGAACGCGCGUGCCCGUCGCCCCGACCCGAAAACCGCCGCCCGCCGCCGAACGCCGCCUAGCCCGACCCUGCGGCCCCCGACCCGAGCUCGCGCACGACCGCGACGCCGCAACGCCGACGGACCGCUACGACACCUUGAACCCGCGCCGCGAACGGAGCAAACGCUACAGCCCCGUACCGCUUCCUCGCUUCGAAGGUACGGAUCCAUUUUGCCGACUUCCCUUACCUGCAUUGAUGCCAUCGACGAGUGGCUGUACACCUUGGAGACCUGCUGCGAAUGGUGGGUACGGACCGACUCGAGAGCUGCGAAAACCGGACCCGGAUUUUCCAGGGCCGCAGAAAGCGCACCGGACGCCGCCCGAGCCGCGGCGCUCUACAGGUACCUUUUCCGUAUCUCCAGACGAGCCGAUUCUACGGACACAGUCCUUUACGAAGAAGAGAGAACUCUUCCUGGGGAUCUCAGCGACGUCUCCAGGCUCGCUUGCGUCACCGCGGUUUCGCUUGAGAAGCGACGAGACGCCACCGACAUCGCUGCCAGCAGCGCCGCCACCUCCGGGGACUCUCCGAAUCUGGGACCGACUGACCCGUGCUCGACCGCCGUUGGCACGGGAGCCUUCUCCACUUCGGUCUUCGAAAGUCUCGUUCAAAUAUUUGCUACUACCACCGAGAUCUGCACCCGCGGUCGGCUCCACCCGGGCUCGCGCCCUAGGCUUCCGUGCUCACCGUGGCGCACUCCUACUCAUCGCGGAAUCGGUCAGGCGUGCGCAUCGUUUUCGUUUUUCCAGCGCAAGCGCUUCUGCCGAGACGGUCCGCUAUCGGUCCGUCGCUCCAGCGCCAUCCAUUUUCGGGGCCGGUCGAUUCAGCAGGUGAGUUGUUACACACUCCUUAGCGGAUUCCUGAGGAUUCGUCGAAGGCCUUCGUUUGCCGUAGCCGGAACCCCGUAA